AUGCCAGCUGAACCAAAGACUACUCCGGGAGUGAUUAUAGUCGGUGAUGCGUUGAAUAUGCGACACCUAAUAACUGGAGGAGGAAUGUCGGUGGCUCUAUUGGAUGUAGUUUUACUUCGUGAUCUUCUUAGGCCAAUAGAUGAUCUAAACGAUUCGUUACUUGACCCACGCCCGCUGGUUCUCUUUCUUCAAGUCGCAGCGGUGGGGGUCUACGGUGUUGGGCGGUUGCUUACCCCCUUCCCUUCACCGAGACGGCUAUGGCUCGCAGCCGAGCUGAUCGCCGAUGCGGUUGGAAUCAUGUUUCCGGUUCUUAAAGCUGAAGGAAGUAUGCAGAUCCUGGGUAUGCUGUUGGUCGAUUUUGUUGGCUCAAUACUUUCGUUGAAUAAAUGA